ACUCCMAAACCAGGAAGAACAAAAUCGACUUCUCCUUCCGCAGCUGAAAAGCGUUUAUCUGCUCCUCAAAUGCUCAGCAGAUAUUAGUUCCUCGGAUAUUUAGCAAGGUCGAUGCUAAUUGUGCUCCAGUUGCGCAUCGUGCUUCUCUCUUGAUAAAAUGUCUUACGACAGAGAAAGUUCCUGGAUGUUUGUUGGAGCUGCAGUGUUGGUCGUGYUGCUGCUGGAUGCUGCAGUUUGUGUUCAGGCCAACAAGAACUUUGAGGAUGUUCGCUGCAAGUGCAUCUGCCCGCCAUACAGAAACAACAGUGGACACAUCUACAACAAAAAUGUCACCCAGAAAGAUUGUACUUGCCUCCAUGUAGUGGAGCCCAUGCCGGUUCCUGGCCAUGAUGUGGAAGCUUACUGUUUGCUGUGUGAGUGCAAGUAUGAAGAGCGGAGCAGCACCACCAUAAAGGUAACCAUCAUUAUCUACCUAUCCGUCGUGGGGGCACUGAUUCUCUACAUGCUGUUUCUGCUGCUGGUUGAUCCUCUCAUUCGCAAACACGACCCCUACACUCAGCCUCUGCACAACGAGGAAGACUCUGAGGAGAUGCGUCCGCGUGCCGAGAGCGGAGCAGCCAGAGGAAACACCGUUCUGGAGCGGGUGGAAGGUGCACAGCAGCGCUGGAAGAAGCAGGUGCAGGAACAGCGCAAGACUGUUUUUGACCGCCACAAGUUGUUGAGUUAAGCUUGUCUGAAGCAGGUUUGGUGGGUUUGAUCUUUUCUGGGCUUCAGUGCUUUUACACUGUCACCAGCCACACCAUUACAGACCUGGCUGUCACUGAUGUGCAUCAACGCCCCUGCUGCUUCCUCACGUUUAAAACAUUUCAACACACUUCUCUCACAAACCAGUAUCAAGUUUAAAAUAUUCAAAUAUGAGACAAUUCUUGUGACAUAUUCUAAAGUUGCAACUGUGAAAAAAAGUGUGCUCUUUUAUGAGUAAACAUUUUCAAACAGUUUUAGGGAAGAGCAGUGCUGCAGCCUUAGAAUGUCUUUUAAAAUCAAUGUUGGCUUGUAAAUAUGUUUUGCAUGAUUCAUAAUGUUAGCUCAAAAGAGAGUACACUGAUCAGCUUGCUUAUGUUGUCAGCCAUUCCUUAAUUAUUGGUUUAGCUGUAAUCAUUUGUUGCUGUAUAAACUCAGGCAUAUUCAAAUUUUGCACUAAAUAUCAUUUAUUUURAAAUUAUUCAUUUAAACUUUUUGUUAUCACUACCUUUGUACUUCAAACUGUGCCUUUUUGCGAGAAAAUGUAUUUCACCAAACUAAAGUUAAAAUGCAUGAAGCCAAGAAAUUAGAUUUUUUUUUUUUUUUUUUAAUUCGGAUGCUUGUAUUCAUAUAAAAAAUGUCCAUUUAAAAUUUACUUAGCAAAGAGGUUUGUUUAUUUGUUGACUAUUGGGCCACAUUUCUGUUUUUUAUUUUGCUCUUAAAAUUGAAGCACUUUACAUAUGAAGAGAACCAUCUUGAUUUGUGUCAAAUUUCUGCUGCAGGAAAAUGAAAUCUGUCACAAACCUGACAGCCUGGUUUCAUGUGUCAKAAUCAAAGUGCUUCAAUGAUAUCAAAUGUUCUUAUGAACCAAAGCCAUCGGUCUGGGGAUCAUUUUUCUGUCAGAGAAACAGUGACUCGUUGCUUCAUGCAGUGUGAUCUGGUUGUGUUGACUGUAAUUAUUUUAUUUAAUAUUUAUGUUUGAUUGUUAAGUUGUUUGAAAGAAUCACAAAACCGUUGUGAUGUUUAUUAGAUGGUUGCAGGAUAAGCUGCAGAAAAUUUCAUGUACAGUUUGACCUCUAAAGUAAGAAAAAU